GCCGCGUCUGCUAGGUCACCGCAGGGGCACCGCGGGCCUUGGAGCCGGCCUGGAGGGGCCGGCCCGGCGUGCUGCGGGCUGGGCGAGGGAGAGGCUGCCUCCCGCCCCGCGCCAAGUUCCCGCUAAGGGCCGCGGGGGAGGCGGACGCACGCAGAGAGGGAGCGCGGGCACGGGGUGCGGAUCUCUGCAGAGAACGGAGUCCCUGCGGCUGAGGAGGGCGGCGGCAGCCUGCCUCAUACCAAAUCAAUUCUUUCCUCUUGUGACUAUUACUGUUUUUUUUUUUGAGAUGGGGGGGUCUCACUGGAUAGCCCAGGCUGGCCUGGAACUCGUGGCGAUUCUCCUGCCUCAGCCUCCCGUGUGCUGGGACGACAGGCGUGCGCCCUCCCACCCGGCUGUAAUUACUACUCAUAAUGGAGCUUUCCUUCCCCUCUCCCUGGGCCUUGGCCAGCAUCACGACCUGAAAGUGAACAGAAUACCAGUCCCGGGACCAGGGACCAGCAGCCCACGCCACCCCGCUCUCAGACACGCGCGACCUCGCACGCCCGAGCAGCAAGCCGGGGCCGCAAGCGGUUCCGAGAGCAUUACCUGGUUCCGAGAAGAAACCAGCGGGACACAAAAACGGAAGGGGCCCUGCAGCGAGCCGGCACUGACGGACGCGCGGUGUUCUCCAGACGUCACCCAGCGCCGUGCGCACACACGGUGGGAGUCACAGCCUAAAGACAAACUUCCGAGGGAGGACAGGGCGGCAUCCCCCGGCCCUCCAGCCAGGCCGCUACACAUCCGGCACGAACAACGGCCCUGCGCCCGCAGCGCGCCUUCCUGUCUCCCCGGCCGUCUUUACGAGGGCAGUGGCUGGCCACCGCCUGUCUCGGUGGCAGGAGACGUGAACCCAGCCGCCCGUCGCACCCUCCCGCUGACCUGCACAGCUCUGCGUGGGCCGGUGCCCUUCGUGCCGGGACACCCCCAGCAGGCCAGAGCGGCUCCUGCGGCUGCUCCGCGGCCCUCGGCGGGAUCCGGGGAGCCUGCGUCCCACGCGGAGGUCAGCCCCAAGGCCCGCAGUGAAGCAGCUCCCCAGCGGGUCACGGCUGCCUAGUACGGCUCCAGUUCUCCGAGGCGGAGAAAUCCGAAGGCUCCUGCACGCUCCCCAGGGCUCAGCACACCACACCUCAUUGGUGGCCCCCUCACCCGGUUUUGUCCCUAAUGUUCUCGGCUCUUGCCUAGAAGACCACCUCACAAACGCCCUGCACGCCGAGUCCUUUCCUGCGCCUCGGUGACCUGAACCAAGACGAGCAUUCCCUAGCCAGCCCAGGCCAGACCCCGCCCCUUAUGACAAGGCCCCGCCCCCAACACCAAGACCAAUACAACGGCCCUGACCGCAUCAUUUCACAAGCCCUGCCCCUGAGCGGUUUGGGGGAGACGUCCAGGUAGAAACUAUAACAAGCACCAUCAAUCCAGUGCGUUGUUCUCUUUCCACCUAGUUCUUAAUAGGUUUUCUUUUCUUCUUUUUGAGACAGGGUCUCACCACGCAAAUCAGGCUAGCCUUGAGCUCUCUUUGUA